AUGACUCUCUGGAUCGGACGGCAACCGCGCAUCAUAUUGAGCGAUGCGUGGGUCGCGAGCGACUUGCUGGAGAAGAGAUCAGACAUCUUCUCGAGCAGACCAAGAAUCAUCGCAAUGGGCGAUGCGAUCAACGCGACAACCACGAAUCAAACUACGUUGCCGUAUGGCGACCGAUGGAGGAAACAUCGAAAGCUGAUGCACAUGGCCGUCGGCUCUCAAGCCGUGCGCAAGUAUCGUACAUUCCAAGCACACGAAUCCGCAAUCCUGAUCCGCGACUUCCUCCUUGAACCGCAUGACUUCGAGCUCUCCAUCGAGCGCUACUCCGUAUCCAUCACCUCGAUUGUCGGCUGGGGCCGACGAAUCGAUCGGAAGAACGACUACGUUGCCCAACAAGCUCUCAAACUGAUGGAGGCUGUUAACUAUAUCGUCCCUGGCAUCUAUCUGAUGGAAGCGAUUCCGUUCCUGAUGCACUUGCCUGCUUGGCUCUACGCGUUACCGAGCCAGAUGCGACUGGGUGCUGGUAUACUGUCGCGCUACUUCUACCUGCUCACACAGGAAGGCGCCGAAGCGGAGAAGGACAACUUUGGGAAACAUGUCAUGGCGUCUCAGCAAGCCAGCCAUAUGACAGAUCUCGAGGUUGCGAGCCUGAUGGGCAAUUUGAUUGGUGGUGGGGUAGACACGACCAGCAGCACUAUGCUUUCGUGCAUCCUGGCCAUGGCGCGCUUCCCGGAAGUACAAGCGAAAGCACAUGCUGAGUUUGAUGCAGCCGUCGGUUAUGGUCGCUCUCCGAACUGGGAUGACAUCGACUCGAAUGCGCUUCCAUACUUGACUGCAGUGGUCAAAGAAACCCUCCGCUGGAGGACCGUAACUAUCCUUGCAGGUAUCCCUCACGCCAACACCAUCGACUUCGAUUACAAAGGCUACCACUUCCCUGCCGGUACCAACUUCACCAGCAACAUGUGGGCGAUUCACAGACAUCCACGCGACUUUCCCGAUCCGGACAGAUUCAUGCCCGAGAGGUUUCUCGAAGGCGAAGGCUGCGCAAAACAACCGUAUCCGAACAAGUACGGUAUGAAUCCUUUCGGUUGGGGGCGCAGACAAUGUAGUGGCCAGCCGCUUGCCGAGCAAGGACUGCUUUACUCUCUUGCGAGGGUGAUCUGGGCUUUUGAUAUCUUGCCAGGCGUGCACGAGAAUCAUCAGCAAGUCGAUUUAGAUAUAUUUGCAUACACCGAUAGCGAGAACAUGCGGCCGGAGCCUUUCCGUGUGCGGUUCAUUCCACGCUCGGGCGCCAUCAGAAAGCUACUCUUGGACGAGGCUGCAGAGGCGCGUGAGGCGUUGAGACCCUACGAUGGGGAGACUAGAGUGACGAUGGAGGACGCUGUAAACAACCCAGCGAGGACUUGA